AUGGAGCCCGGCGUCCUGAGCCUGCGGGGCCGGCCGGGGCGGAGGGGCCGCGCGGAGCCCGAGGAGGCGCAGAAGGAAAACAUAUUUGAUCGAUCCAGGAUGGCCCCAAAGACUCCCAUUAAGAAUGAACCAGUUGAUUUAUCAAAGCAGAAAGGCUGCACCCCGGAAAGAAAUCCAAUUACACCUGUUAAGCUCAUUGACAGACCUCAGCCUGACCCCUGGACCCCCACUGCUAACCUGAAGAUGCUUGUUAGUGCUGCUAGCCCCGACAUGAGGGACAGGGAAAAGAAGAAGGAGCUCUUCAGACCUAUAGAAAACAGCGAGCAGAACGACAUAUCUGAUUCAUUACAGUAUGAUAUGGUAGACGACAGCACGGUUGAUGAAUUUGAAAAGCAGAGGCCCAGCAGAAAACAGAAAAGCUUAGGACUCUUGUGCCAAAAGUUUCUAGCUCGCUAUCCAAGUUAUCCAUUGUCAACAGAAAAAACUACUAUUUCUCUGGACGAAGUGGCUUCAAUUCUUGGAGUUGAGCGGAGGCGAAUUUAUGACAUAGUGAACGUCCUGGAGUCCUUGCACCUGGUCAGCCGCGUGGCCAAGAACCAGUACUGCUGGCACGGCCGGCACAACCUUAGUCAAACUCUGAAAAUGCUUCAGGAGGCAGGAGAGCUGCAGUAUGGAGAGCUAAUGACCUUCCAGCACAAGGAACAGGACUUCGAGUAUAAGCUUGGAGAGCGGAAAAAGGAAACUGUUCCAGAUUCUCAAGACAGACCGUUACUUGACUUUUCAGAACCAGAUUGCACCUCCGCAUCUGCGAACAGCAGAAAGGACAAGUCGUUGCGGAUAAUGAGCCAAAAGUUUGUCAUGCUGUUCCUUGUCUCCAAGACCAAGAUAGUCACUCUGGACAUUGCAGCAAAGAUAUUGAUUGAAGAAACCCAGGAUACAGUGGACCACAGCAAAUUCAAAACAAAGGUACGAAGGCUGUAUGAUAUCGCCAAUGUUCUUACCAGCCUGUGCUUGAUAAAGAAAGUUCACGUCACAGAGGAACGGGGACGCAAGCCAGCUUUCAAGUGGAUUGGGCCCGUGGAAUUCCCCGGAAAGAUUGAUGAGCCAAGAGGGCAUAACCCAACAUCUGAUCCUCUACCAGGGGAGCAGAGAGGCGCCUGUGCCCCAUACCCGAUCUGUGCUACUGGGAAGCAAAGGUUUACACGUCACGCAUCGUUUAACGGCACGCAGCCUUGUGAAGGGACCAAAAGGAAGGUCAGUUCUGAGCCCAGCAGUCCACGUCAGGAGAGGCAAGCCUAUAUUGUGAACUCAGAUGAAUAUUGCUCAAAAAUGAGAAAUCUAGCAACCGUCUGUAGGCAGAAAAUAGAGGAAGAUACUAGGACCAAAGUUUGUGCCACAGAAACAAUACUGAAUUCAGCAAGGAACCCAAGUAUAACCUCACCUCUCUCCCUUCUUACGGUUCCUGGGGACUCUGAUUUUUGUGUUAACCCUUUGCCUCAGGCAGUUUUCCCUGUGGUUCAGGCAGACGUGCCAAGUGUCUUGCUGCCAAAUGGGGUCAGCAACCAAGCUCUACAACCCUCCGCUCCAGCAGCCUCCACAACAGAAAAUGGAAAACCUACUCUGCUCCCCAGCCAGCCCUUCUUGUGUUUUCCCUCAUCAUCCCUUUUUAUGUUGUGCGGUGGUCUUCAGGAAAAUCUCUUGAGGGAGAACUUGCCUGCAGCAGGAGACGUAGGAAACAGGAGCGCAGAGGAGAAGGCCUCACCUGUGGAAGCUCAGGGUGCCGGCCCUCCAGCUGGCUGUCAGAAACGCAGCUCCCACGAGUGCACGUCGCCCUCUGCACCUAUAGAUGAUGAAGAGCCAGCUGCUAAAAAGCAGACUGUGGAACAGAGUGAUGGCCCUCUCUCACUUGUAGUACCCAAGAAGCCUUCUGAGUUGCACAAGGCAGAUUCUACCCCAGGGAGCAGCUGUGCAUCUGCUGUACAUCUAGAAGCUUUUCAUCUUGACCUCUCAAGUCCUGCUGCUCCAGAGACUAAAGACAAAAAGUCUACGAGCCCUUUAGAUUCUCAGGAGCAAGAAAAAUGGCCUAAGAAUAAAGACCCCGACGAACCUUCUCCAGGAAAAGAGCACGCCUCUAAAGAAAAUGCCAAUCAACCUUUUCUGCCACAGUAUCUUUAUGUUCAGCCUACUGCUGGACUAGGCAAUUUUAAUUUCCUGUUCUCUGCAAACCAAGCUCCCGGUGCCAUUGGGCUGGCUGCAAGCCAGUUACCUUCUCUGAGCAUCCCCUGUGUCAUGGUGCCAUCAGCAGCCUUGGCUUCCUUCCCUCUCGUCUGUUCUCCUGCGAUCCCCAGCCCUCUUCCUCCGGUUCCUGAUGGCUCCUUCUCAGCUGCUGCCUCCAUGAAUAUCAGCAUGUCUGGCCUGGCAUCGACAGCACCUGUUUUCAUCGGCACCACGGCAAUGGUUACUCCAAAUGCCCCCCCCUCGGUGGAUCCCCAGCAAACAGCUCACCCCGCUGUGCACCUGAGUCCUGUGCUUGCCAGGUCCUGCAGUACUGUUAAACUGGACUCCCCUGUGUGCAUGGGGCAUCCGGUGACCCUCCUGAAGCUGCAGCAGCCUUCGUCAACUCCUGUCACUCCCAAGAGUAUUCGUCCUGCGCGUCAUGAGACAUUUUUCAAAACUCCUGGAAGUCUUGGAGAUCCUGGUGCAUGGAAAAAAGGUGAAGGCAGCCAGACCAGAAAUGCCAGCUCUGUGCAGAGGCGACUAGAAAUCUCUAGUAGCAGCAAUGACUAACUCCACAGGUUGCAAAGGGUGGGCAGAUUGUCC